GAGACGAUCUGAAUCGGAUUGGUUCUGCCUGCCCCCUCUCCUCUCUCAAUCUCUAGCUCGUCUCCCUCACUCUCUCCUUUCUCCUUCUUGCUCCCCCCCUCCAAACACCAUCCGCUGGUUGCGAUUGUUGAACUGGUCACGUCGCAUUCCAUCGCAUCUCUUCGUCACUGUCAUCAUGGUUUACCUCAAGUCUUCGCUUCUGGCCCUGCUGGCCCUCCCCCUCUCUGGCGCGUUCGCUGCCGAAGAGGCUCCCGUUGAUACGGAUGCCACUGCCCCGACCCUCAAGGCCGACAUCGAGACUACCUUCCCUGACGCCGACAUCUUCGGUGUUAAGAUCGUCAACGGUCACCCCACUAAGGCUUUCGUCGAGUUCACGAAUCACGAGGAUGCGCCGAUUCAGGUCGCCUUGGUUGGUGGUACCUUGUCUAGCACCAAGGAGCUCCCCGAAAAUGCCCUCCCCAGCGACAACAUCAUCCGCAACCUGACUGCUGCCCGUUACGACCUGACGAUCGAGGCUGGCGACAAAAAGGCUGUCCCCUACUCCUUCGCCCUCGACGCCAACCCUCAGGAUGUCCUCCUUCAGCUCAUUGCUGUCGUCAGCAAUGCCAAGGGCGAUAUCUUCCAGCUCGAGGCAUACAACGCCACCGCCGCAAUCGUCGAGCCUCCCACCAGCAUCUUCGACCCCCAGAUCAUUUUCCUCUACCUCUUCCUCUCCGGUGCCUUCGCUGGCACUCUCUACUUCGUCUACAAGACCUGGAUCGAGGCUCUGUUCCCCCAGGCCAAGAAGGCCAAGUCCUCUAAGAAGGCUCGUACUGUUAGUGUUACUGUGCCUCUGGCCGACUCGGAUGCCACCGGCGAGGCUACCUCCACUGGCAAGAGCUAUGACGAGAGCUGGAUCCCCGAGCACCACAUCAACCGCCCUGUCGCCAAGCGCGUUAAGAGCGGUGCUAGCGGCAAGCUCAGGAAGGGUGCUGAGUAGGAUGGCAGCACCUCUACGACGCGAACCACGCGACGCACCAGACGCGCCUAGAUAUGAAGCGCCCAUGCUAUGACAGGUUGGCAACUUGAAAAGCACUCGACAGGCUGGAAUAUAGCCUGGCGGAAUGUUCACAGUUGCUUGCUUUUUCGGGGGUUGAAAAGAACUACAAACGUGUUGUACAAUAUCUGUAAACAAGGCAUGAAGCCGCCGAACUUUUGAUGUAGAAAAUUGCUGGAACUUGGCGAAGCUUUGUUGUGACCUUUGUAGACUGCGAGUGAAUCAUCAGAGGUACUAUGUACCAGCCAGCGCCUUUUUCGAGGCCCAGGCUUUGCUGUUCUCAAGCUGUCUGCAACUUCAAUUUGAGGAAGGAAGAAAUCAUGUGGCAGAAAAAAACUAAAGCAACUACGUGCUCUAGCGAUGCUGCUGUACUGUCAUCAUGACCU